CCGUACAUAUUACAACAAUGGCGAAACAAAUUAUACUGUAUUUUUUGUUGGCUGGAUUGUCUCUUAGUCGUGCAAGUACAGUGCAAGCAGAUCGAAGCAAUAGAAUAUUGGAAGGAGAUAUCGCAUAUGAAGGCCAAUUUCCAUAUGCGGUCUCCAUACAAAUGUUAGGACCUCCACAGACGACAAACACAAGAGGACACAAAUGUAGUGGUGCACUUAUUACGUUAAAAGACGUUGUAACAUCAGCUGUUUGUCUCUAUGAUUUCACACAAACCGUUCCUGUCCCUAUAAACCUCACCCAAUACCGAGUAUUCGCUGGUGCGAUUCUCCUUACCAACGAUACGCCAGAUCGCACAAGGACAAUUUCAGACUAUGUAAUCCAUCCGCAAUACACGGGACCUCCAGCAUAUGUCAAUAACAUUGCUGUCAUUAUAUUAACGAUGCCAUUUAGUUCAGCAAUAGUAAAACCGAUAGCAUUACCAGCUACAAAUUUCGCACCUGCUGACUUCACACUAUGCAAUGUAGUUGGAUGGGGAGCGUAUAAUAGAUCAACGGCGUAUCUAGCAAGUACACAACUGAGAUACUCAACUAAAUACGUGUACAAUCAAGAUUUAUGUACUAGGAUCUUUAACAGUAUUGACACCUCGUUAAACAUUUUACCUAGUAUGAUUUGCGCUGCGUCUUAUGACCUCCGAACUUCGAAUUGCUUCGGUGACGAUGGCAAUACCUUAGUCUGCAACGGCGUAUUAACUGGAGUUCUAUCUGUAGGACAUAAUUGCGAACUUUCAAAUUAUCCCGAAAUUUACACAACACUUUCUACUACAUGGAUACAAACGAUAUCUGGAGCGGGACAAACUUUCAGUCAUAGUGUUUUCACGAUGAUCACAAUGUUUUCACUUGUUCAGAUUUAUUUAAGUAGUUAAAGUUCAGCGGUUAGUUUCUGUAGAAAAGUAAACAAGAGUAUGCACCCGAAGCGUAUGUAUGGUAAUGUUAUAACAUAUCAAACAUUUCGUAGUGAAGUCUUAAACUUCUCUGUGAAGUAAACAACAUUAUUUUUGUGUAUGCACUGGGAAAA